AGUGUCGACUAUGCUGGACCCGUCCUCCAGCGACGAAUCUGAGGGGGAACUACCACCUGAGGACGAACCGCCCGUUAAAACUGGGAAACCCGUUAAAAAAAGUCCCAAACCCGAAAAGACGUCGGAUGCCCCGCGAACCCAAACCAAGGAGCCGGUCCCCUCUCCCGCUGAGGUGGACAAAACUGAGCAGGAGAGACUUCAGAAAGAUGAGGCGGAGAGGAAAACUAAACUACAGAUUUACCUGUUUGUGUUGAGGUGUAUCGCGUACCCGUUUAACGCCAAACAGCCCACAGAUAUGACUCGUCGUCAGCAGAAGCUGAACAAGCAGCAGUUACAGGUGGUGAAGGAACGUUUCCAGGCCUUCCUGAAAGGAGAGACACAGAUUGUUGCUGAUGAAGCUUUCUGCAAUGCUGUACGCAGUUACUAUGAGGGCUUCCUGAAGAGUGAGCGAGUGGCUCGUAUGGUGCAAAGUGGAGGCUGCUCUGCCAGUGACUUCCGUGAGGUCUUCAAGAAGAAUAUUGAGCGUCGAGUGCGUAGCCUACCCGAGAUCGACGGCUUGAGCAAAGAGACUGUACUCAGCUCUUGGAUCACUAAGUACGACGCCAUCUACAAAGGAGAAGAGGACCAGCGGAGGCCACAGGGACGCAUGCCCUUCGCUACUGUGUCCGAGCUCAUUCUCAGCAAAGAGCAGCUCUAUGAGAUGUUCCAGCAGAUACUGGGAAUCAAGAAGUUUGAACAUCAGCUACUUUACAAUGCCUUGCAGCUGGACAAUGUGGAUGAGCAAGCGGCACAGAUCCGCAGAGAGUUGGACGGGAGACUGCAGCUUGCCGAGAAAAUAGCCCGCGAAAGAAAGUUCCCAAAGUUUAUAUCCAAAGACAUGGAGAUGAUGUACGUGGAGGAGCUCAGGUCUUCAGUUAACCUUCUGAUGGCUAACCUGGAGAGCCAGCCUGUGGCCAAAGACUUCAAGCCCAAGAUCAAGCCAAAACUCACUCCCAUGAACAGUUUCCUGGACAUCGGCGAUGAGAACGACUUGCCUCUCUCCAAAUCUGACGUAGUGCUGUCAUUUACUCUGGAGAUCGUAAUCAUAGAAGUGCAAGGGCUGAAAUCAGUUGCUCCUAACCGGAUUGUGUACUGCACGAUGGAGGUGGAGGGAGGAGAGAAGCUGCAGACGGAUCAGGCUGAGGCCUCCAGACCACAGUGGGGCACACAAGGAGACUUCACCACCUCACACCCCCUUCCUGCAGUCAAAGUCAAACUCUUCACUGAAAGUACAGGAGUACUGGCUCUGGAGGACAAAGAGCUGGGCAGGGUGGUUCUUCAUCCCACCACAAAUGGACCCAAAACAGCAGAGUUGCACAAGAUGGUGGUUCCUAAGAACAGCCAAGAUGUAGACCUGAAAAUUAAACUGGCGGUCCGCAUGGACAAGCCUCCCAACAUGAAGCAUAGUGGGUAUCUUUACGCCUUAGGCCAGAGAGUUUGGAAACGGUGGAAGAGGAGAUAUUUUGUACUUGUUCAGGUGAGUCAGUACACAUUUGCCAUGUGCAGUUACCGGGAGAAGAAGUCAGAGCCGCAUGAACUGAUGCAGCUGGACGGAUACACGGUAGAUUACUCUGAUCCGCAGCCAGGUCUUCAGGGAGGUCGAGCCUUUUUCAGUGCUGUCAGAGAAGGCGAUCUGGUUGUAUUCGCCAGCAACGAUGAUCAGGACCGUGCCCUGUGGGUCCAGGCCAUGUACCGUGCCACAGGACAGUCCUACAAACCAGUAGCACCUGCCCAGAACCAGCAGAACUGCAGAGGAGGGAAUGCCCAGAAGGAUGCACCUGUCUCCUUGCUCAGUCUGGAGAAGACUCAGAGACAGGGAGUGGAGGAGCUCAUCUCUGCCGUGCCCUGCAACUUCGACCAUGCCAGCUUGUUCCGUAUCCUGCAGAAACACACGCUCACACACCGCAUGAAUGACUCCUUUUCCUGCCUGGGUUGGUUCAGCCCGGGCCAGGUGUUUGUUCUAGAUGAGUAUUGUGCUCGAUACGGGGUGAGGGGCUGUCAUCGCCAUCUCUGCUACCUAAUAGACCUGAUGGAUUUCUCAGAUAACAACGCUCUGGUGGAUCCCACCCUCCUACACUACAGCUACGCCUUCUGUGCCUCGCAUGUUCACGGAAACAGACCGGAUGGCAUGGGCACAGUUACAGAACAAGAGAAGGAGGAGUUUGAGGAGGUCAGGUGCAGAUUGUUGACUUUACUGGAGAAGCAGAUCACUCAUUUCAGGUAUUGUUUCCCCUUCGGGCGACCGGAGGGGGCCCUUAAAGCCACGCUCUCUCUUCUAGAAAGGGCCCUCAUGAAAGACAUUACCACACCAGUCCCACCUGAAGAAAUGCAGAAGAUAGUUCAGAAGUGCCUUGAGAAAGCUGCUCUCAUCAAUUACUCCCAACUGACUGAAUACGCCCAGAUCGAAGAAAGCAGCCAGGCACCCCCAGAGAAAAGGUUGGAGGACAUGAUCAGACUAGGAGAGCUGUGUAUGGAGGUGUUACAACAGAAUGAAGAGCAUCACUCUGAGGCCUUCUCCUGGUGGCCAGAGGUGAUGGCUGAGCACGCCGAGACCUUCCUGUCGCUUUACACGGUGGACAUGGACACAGCACUGGCUGUCCAGCAGCAAGACUCCUGGGACAGUUUCCCUCUCUUUCAGCUGCUCAACAAUUUCCUGCGAACUGACCCUCACCUGUGCAAUGGAACCUUCCACAAGCAUCUGCAGGAUCUGUACAUCCCUCUGGUGGUGCGAUACAUCGACCUGAUGGAGUCGUCAAUAGCUCAGUCCAUCCACCGUGGCUUUGAGCAGGAGACCUGGCAGUCUGUGAAUAAUGGCUCGGCCACAUCAGAAGAUCUGUUCUGGAAGCUGGAUGCUCUUCAAAUAUUUGUGAUGGACCUUCACUGGCCAGAGCCGGAGUUCGCCAAACAUCUGGAGCAGAGGCUCAAACUCAUGGCCAGUGAUAUGAUGGAGGCUUGUGUUAAAAGGACCAAAGCUGCCUUUGACUCUAAGAUGCAGAAGUCCAGCAAAUCCACCGAUUACCGCGUCCCCUUGUCAGUGUGCACUAUGUUUAAUGUUCUUAUGGACGCCAAGAAGCAGUGCUCCAAGCUGUGUGUUCUCGAUCAAGGUCAGGAGCAACAGUACCACUCAAAAAUCGAUGUCCUGAUUGAUGAGGCCUUUAAGGAAAUGAUCUCUUCACUGGUCUCAAAGUUUGCAGCUGUUUUGGACGGGGUGUUGUCCAAACUCUCACGAUAUGAUGAGGGAACAUUAUUUUCCUCCAUCCUCUCUUUCACGGUAAAAGCAGCAGCCAAAUAUGUGGAUGUCCCUAAACCAGGUAUGGAUCUAGCAGAUACCUACAUUACCUUCCUCAGGCAGAACCAGGACAUUCUGCGAGACCGUGUGAGCGAUGAGAUGUACACCGAGAAAAUCUUUGACCAAUGGUACAACUCUUUCAUGAAGGCAGUUUGUGUCUGGCUGACGGACAGGCCUGACCAGCAGCUGCAUGUUUACCAACUCAAAACUCUCAUCAAGAUUGUCAAGAAGUCAUACCGUGACUUUCGUCUACAGGGCGUGCUGGACGGCACUUUGAACAACAAGAGCUAUGAGACCGUUUACAACCGCCUCACUAUCGAGGAAGCCACGGCGGCAGUGUCUGCCUCCGACGGACUACAGGGCAUCACCAUGCGGGACAGUGAUGAAGAGGAGGGUUAAUAUCCCACCUACACGGGUAGUCAUUAUCUCAAAGUCGAUACGAAGAGGCCAAAUUCCAGCUCUCCUGAUUGGAGUUUACGCUUUAUGCUCCCCAGCCAGUGCUAAAGUGCCCUCUUGUCUAAGCUGCGGUAUACCGAUGUCACCAUGCUUGUAUAAAACUCUCAUUGGCCACUUAAAGACAGAUCCAGUGUCUGUGUCUCUGUCGUUCUGUAGUUGAUGUGUGGUGAUAUGGUGGCCCAUCGCGUAAUGAGGCAGGUUCGAACCGUGAUUGUCCGAAACGAUAGCAGGAAGCACUUGUAGGCACAGUUUUACUAAUGUUUACACAAAAGACCAACCAAUGAUAUGGGUUUGUAUGUGUAUCGUAGAAAUUGUGUGAAAGCUAGAAAUACAGACUGUGAGGGAAAUAGUGUUCGCUUGUUUGCUGUGUUUUGCAUCAGCUUGGGAUCCUCAGGCCAAAACCCCUUAUAUGAUGGAUGAAUUGCUAGUUGUUCACUGUUUAUUCAAUGAAAUUGUGACAUUGUUCCAUACAAUAGCUAUGAGUUCAAGUUCAGAUCCUUCUGUAGAAGUAACAGUUGAGUGUAUCCUGUAUAGUAUGUUGUCAGUGUCCAACUAUGUUGCAGAUGAAAGAAUAUGUCUUUGAUUUAAAAAAAAAAAAAAAAGAGUUGUAUAUUUCUAUUGUCUUUGUGCACCUGAGUUUGCCCAGGUGUCUUUUAAGUGUUAGAAUUAAAGUGUU